AGAAUUGAUGACAAAUUUGUUUUUAAAGGUCACGACUCAGGGUAUCACGUUAUGCAGACUGACCGUACUUUUUUGGAUCUGUUCUGGGGAUUAUCAGCGCGAGAUGAAAAACAAAGAAUAGAAUCUUCUAACAAGCUGGUAACUUUGCUAAGUGGUAAAACGGAUGAAGAGAAAACCACUUACUUCACGUAUACAAGGCAAAGGCUUGUUAAAGGUCUGAAGUCAUUUGAGGAGUCUACAAGGUCCAGCUAUGAGCAAUGUCUUAUACGCUUCCUCAAAGAUUUUCCAACGGAAACUUCAACCAAAGAACUAGCGGAAUCCAUGAGUGUUCAAAUUUUUGCCUCAGAGCCGUCCACUCAAAAUGAACGUUCAUCUGUGAAACUGGCGUACUUAGCAUGCACAAGAGUGCUUUGUGCAUCUGGUAGAAUAAAGGAGAUUGAUGACGGGUUCGCUAAAGCAUUGCUUCAACAUAUUGUCCUGUUGGCGAAAUCCACUCAUCAUAGAGCUGCUGCAUAUUUAGCAAUAUCGGAAAUGAGUCUUCAAGCACCGAAACAUUUAUUCACAAACUUAAGUUGUUUUUUAAAGGAAUCUUAUCAAAACCUAAUGUCUUCAAACUCGGAUAUCACUGGUGAACUCUUGCUGGUCAUUCUGUCAUUUCAGCAUCGCUUUCAGAAACGUCUUCAGAAGCUAGAUAUUCCGCCGUUCAAUAUAUCUGAGAAGCAGUAUCGUAGGAAGCUUUUAUUUGGAAUUCUUCAUUCUCACGAUGCCAUCGUGAUGCGGUUAAUCGAUGAAGUUUUAAAGCGCAACGUCCUGAGUACCGUUUGGGAUUCUGUCAAAGCGACCUUAUGUUCUAAAGCCAAAAAAGUCAAAGAUACUUUUCGAUUUUUGCAAAUUGUCGUUCACAUUAUUUGUAAUGGGAAGGAAAAGUUUGAUUUCGUCUUAUCUAGUGAUGUUUUUGAGGGCUUCAGCAAACAAUUAUCAGAUUGCAAGUACGGUUAUUUCCCUCAAGUCUCCCAUUUACUAAGAGUGAUGAUGGAUAAGAUUAUUGGCUCCACGAAUGUUGGCGAACAUCUCCAGAAAUCUACGGUUUCUAUGUCUCCAGACUGUCUGUUGAAAUCAAUUGCUUUAAACUACCCACUAUUUGACUUCUUUUGCGACUCUAGCUCCCCUAAGCCAUGUCAGAUUAUUUUUGAUUCUGCGCCAUCGUCACUAUCGUUAGAUACUCUUCAAUUGUACGUUAAACAGUUAACGAGUGCUUUUAUCAAUACUGAGGUUCAGUAUUCACACAAGAAUAUACGCAACAUACGUGUUUUAAAUAAUUCAAAUCAAAUCCAAUCACUUGACUUAGAUCAUGAUGCUAUUCGAUGCUUUGUAAUCAAGCACUUGCAGAUAGUUGUAAACACAAUCCUAAAAUUCAGAUACAUGGAAGGAACUGAAUUGCUCAGUCAGAUUCUGGAGUUCCUACUAACUAUUGGUUUGACUUAUUCAUUGAAGGUUGAUAACACCGCUUUGAGGACAUCUAUCUCAACAAAUGUUGCCAAAUUUUGCUGGGGUGUUUUAUUUGGGAUAUUAGAUUGUAUGAUAUUGCAAGCAGCUAGGAUCAAUAAACACUCUGGCCAGGAGACUAUCAAGAACAUUACAAAUAUGGACAUAAUUAGACAUUGUGUAUCCCUACUUCAAAAUGCCGUUCCACAAUGUACCAGGGCUAUGUCCACACGUUCUCUUAACACAGAUAUUGGUCUUUGUCUGGAUUCGUUGAAAAGAUGCCUUAAAAUCCUCCAAAAAGCAGAUUCUGAGGAUCAGUUGGACCAGUACAUACUGUUAACGUGCGGAGCUUUUUCUGUUUUUUCUCUCUCCAUGCCGAUCGAAGACACGUUUGAAAUCUUGAACGACUUGAUUGAAUGCAGAAAAAGGCGUUUAGCGAAUACCGUAUUUGAAGGUCCCCAUUGGUCGGAAGUGCUUACUGAUGUGAUUCUAAGUGCUCUUUCAUUUCCCGUCCACAUGUUACGCUCUGUCACCCGUCUAACAUUUAAGAAAAUGAUUUUGGGAAAGGCAUUUAUAAGUACCAUUAAUUCAGGUGAAGAAUAUCCUUCGUGCCUAAAACUAAUUGGUGAUAUACUCAAAACACGGUCAACAAAACAAACUGGCCGUGCAAAGCAUGAUGAGGACGAAGUUGACGACUCAGAGACGGAAGAUUUAGUUCAUUUUUCGUUGUUCAAUUCGACGAAAUUAGUACAGCCUAAGGAGUUGUCUAUCCCAAUUGAUGAUUUUGAAGACGAAACCGCCCCAGUUGAAGAUGAAGAAAAGAAUGCUAAUCAAGAGGGAAACUCACAAGAUACCUCAGAUGAUUCAGACUCUGAUGGAGUUGAAGAAGAGAUUGAUAUCGAUGAAGAUGAACUUAAUCAAAUUAAAAAUAGUGUACGUGAUGCACUUGGUCCAGCUGCAUUAGAUAGUGAAAAUAACGAUAACAAUUGCCGGGACUUCACAGAUGCUGAGAUGUUUGAACGUGAUGAAGCUUUGGCAGCUGCAUUCCGUAUCCAUAUGCGUAAACCCCAGCGAAUAGUUGCUGAUCAAGCUCGUUCAGUUGGUGAAUUGAAAAUGAAGUAAUCAAAUGAUUAUUUCUUUUUACUUGCAAAUCACCAGUUAUUUAUUUGAUAAUUACAUUUUUCACAUUAAACUCGGCAGUGUUAAAUAGAGGAAUUUUUACUGAAGUAGCUCAAUUUCCAGCCAUUAGAUAACAGGGUUGAUUCCCACUUCAUCUACUCUGAUGCUGUUUUGAAUCAGUCUUUUUCAUUUGUAGUGAAAAGGUGUUAAGGGAUUGUAAAACUAAUAGAUGAAGUGUUCUAGUCGCUCGGUAAUAUGCAGUGAUGCAAUAUGGCCAGGUGUUUGAUAUUUAAGAGACCGAAGUAUCGACGUAAGCACCGAAUUAAAAUGACGUUAGAAAAAGAGAUGUCUGAUCAGUAGAAUAGUUUCUUAACAAAACACAGUUAUAUACAAAAACCUAAGCACAAGAAUAUACAUGAUCAAAUGUAUUAAGUGAACAAACAAUUGCAGGUUGCAGGAACUAUAAUUCAUCCACUCUCCACUGGAAUUAACGCCUAACUAGGUUUAAUUCUUGUCUCGUCAUAUCAAGUACUAACAGCUGAAUAAUAUCACUAGUCCUCACACCAAACAUGUUAUUUAAAUUUAAUUAUAUAAAUCAGCGUGUUAAAUGAGCUGCACUGGAAAACCAGUGUCAAACGGAUUAGAUGCUUGCUUCAGUUGUUACUAGAUAUUUUUUUUCGUAAAUUGUUUAUCUUUUAUGUGUACUUAAAAUGACUUAUUGAUAAUUAUAUCCUUUUGUGUAUUUUAGAUGUUUCGAUUUGAUUGAAUGUAUUCUACAGUAUAGUUCCGAAUCCAAACUUGUCUUAGUAGGUCUUAAUGAAUAAAUUGUUAUUGUUCUAAACACUUUAUUUUGCUAAAUUCUUCAUUGCUUUGUUGACUUAUUCAAACGUAAUGUUUCAGGAAAAACCAGUGAUCAAACCUUAAUUGUUUUGGGAACAUUGAAAGCGAAUAUUUCUUUUCUCUGCGUUUAUAGAUAGACAGACAGACAUCAUCAAAGUAAAUAUACGUCGGCCCAAUCCACUAUACGUGCUUAGCACGAUAAGAUGAAAAUAACCAGAGAUCGAAAUAAUGUAGUAAAAAGUAAUAAAAAGAAAGACUAAACCCUGAGAAUAUGGUUUGGAAAGACAGAGUGGAGAGGCAUGGAUGGAAGGACAUUCAAAUUCAAGAACGGAAGAUACAGAGUAGAUGGAUCUGAGCCAUGUUACCCAAAGUUUCGAAUCAUUAGUCGCGGUUACUACGCAGACCCUAACCAGGUAGUCUGAAUCUAUUAACAUGAAUCAGACCAACUGUCAAUGGCUUCAUGAACCAAUGCCACGUUUUGGUUUAGCCACCCCUAGCUUUUACGUGCAUUAUAUUUUACCUCAAGAAAAAUUCUUGUCCUUUAAUCAUGUGUUUUUCUCUGGUCACUAUAAAUGUAGCUUCAUUGUGCAACAAUUUCUUAUGGUAAAAACUAGAACCUUUUUGUUUUUAUUUUACAGCCCGCUCUUGAUCUUGUGCUUGAUAUUGGCAAAGGAUCCAUUGAAUAUGAAACAGCAAAAUCACGAAACGAUUUAAGCUCAAAUAGAAAAAUCAACCAGAAAAAAAAGAGAAAAACAAGUUUUGUUGCUAAAUAUGGUGAUAUACCUCCACUGUCAAGCAUAAUACUUGUUGCGAGAAAGUUGCGUUUCAGGUCGCAAAAAACUCAAUCCGAAUUUAUAGAAUCUCUCAAGAACCUUGAUCAACAUGUUUACUUGAAGAAAACUGUACAUUCUCUUAUAGAUGCGGCUAAAACGAGUAGGUAUUUUUUCGAUGUAUCCCCAAAAAGUAACUAGAACUUCUGCAAUUAUUCGUUUAGUUAGCUACAAAUUAUCCAGUUUCCCAGGUGCGGGUAGUGUUUUCGUGACAUAAUCUAUUAAUCAGUUAAUACUUCGUUUCUGUAUCUUAUUUAUGCCUAAUAUUUGUAAAUAUAUGGGAGUGACUAACCAUACUAAAACGUAUAUUAUAUAUUUUCAUUUAAUAAGGAAAUAUCUGUAUGUUGUACAGAAAGAACGGAGCUUAUAAGCUAAAUCAGUUCAGAUAGUCCAACUUUAUUAACUAAAUGAAUAAAUCAUACAUAAACCAUCAAAAUAUAUUUAUCUUAUUCCGAAUCAUAUUUUACGUAAGCAGUACUCUCCAGCAUUUUAAUAAUGUGCAAGCCAAAAACGUGAUGAUUGAUAUUUUUGUAAGGUAAAUAUUGUUUUUGGUGCUCAAGUGCAUCCAAUUUUGUCUGUAUUAAAUAAAAGAAGUAAAGAGCUAAUUUUCUAACCAUUUAUUCUUCUCUUUUCCUUUUUUUUUCAGCGGAUAGUACUCAAUUGUUUACAGAAUUAUUAUCCAUCAUUAUAGAAUUUAUUUAUCGAAGUAGCAAACCGUUAAAAACAGAAUUUCCGGAUUUGGAAUCACCAUUGUCUGAUUAUUUAUUAGAACAACUUCAUGAGGUUUUAAGUAAUACUAACCAUCAAUCUACGCUAAUCCCUAAUCUUCUAAGUCACUGCCAAGUGAGUUCAUAUUGAAGAGGAGCCUUCAUUUAUUGUUGAUAAUUUCAUUUUGUAUUAUGGAGACUAAGCCAAUAAGUGUACUUGUUAUCCUUUGGUUGUGGGCAAAUCAAAAUAGCCAAGAGAACUUGCAUUGGUAAACCCUAUAUUGACUUACUAUCUGUUUAGAUAAAUAAUGGACAUUCAUAUUCAUAUGUUUCUAUGCACUUUAUACAGGUAAUAUAUAUUGGGAAACCAAAGCAGUUUGCAAGGAAGUAUAUCUAGAAAAGAAAUAACAGUCCAGCGAUAUAACUGGCUUAUUAUUAAUUUAUGAGAAACACUUAUUUGAUGAGCACUUGGUUAACGGUACAAAUCUCAUUAGGCUGAUCAAAAAGAAAUCCUUCCACUUAUUUUAGCCGAAAGUCUAAACACGAGUCACAGUCUUGGGCAUUGAUCUGAAACUUCAUAUUGCGGAACUACGAUGCUGAAUCCAUAUUUCCGCUUUAAUGUUAUGUCUUUUAAUAUACGAACAUUAAAUCAGAUCUGCUGGAAAACCACUCUGGCAUCUCGAGUAAUAUAUAUAUAUAUAUAUAUAUAUAUAUAUAUAUAUAUAUAUAUGCAUAAAAUAUCCAAGUUUCGAUAUGCACUUGAUAAAUCAUUGGAACUCACUCUGCGGGUUUGGAUAUUCGAUACUUA